AUGGAUAUGGACAAUGUUGCAUCUCCAGCUAUCAACAUAUGGACGUUCUUCGCCCUUGCAGCUCUCGACAUUGCAGCCAAUGCUGCAGCUGGACCUGCAGCUGUUGCGACCGCCGCGCACGUCAAUGGCAGUCCGUUGACGGCUAGAGCUAUGCAGAUCGGUGCGAUCGCCGGUGUGACUAAAUCUGGAGUGUUGGCUUUUGUUGAAUUCGUUGGAUAUGCUGGCUUGCCAACGCCAGCAUGGAUUUUACUCGUUUUGAUGGCUAGUAGUUUUGGUAUAUGUGUGUUGAUCACUGCGGAGGUCAGCAACUUGGUGCUUGGAGAAGCACCGAGUGCGUUGCUCAUUGCUGCUGUUGUCGCUGCCAUUCCACUUGCUGGUGAAUGUAUUGGUAUAUAUCAGUCGGCUGGAGGAUUAUACGGUGGUAAACCUCAGUCCCAAAUCAUGGUUAUAGGGCUUGAUGCCUUGGGAGGAUAUGUGUUUGCACGGAUGUGCCAUAAUCUAGGCUACGAUAUAUGUCCUUACCAUGUCGCUGCUGCCGCUGGCGCUGUAUAUGGCGUGAUCACUGGUUUCUUCCAUACAAUCCUUGGUUGCAUUGCCGGAGCAACCUACUAUGAAAGUCACAAUGGUAAUUACACAGUCCGAAAUGUGUUUGGAACUGCAGAGGGGUAUAACCCUAAUUGGCACCGAGAUAUACACGCGUGA